AUGAUGCCAUGGCUAAGAAGUUGGGUCCUCAAGGCACUGAGAAAUGCCCGGGGAUUCUGUGGGCCUCACAGGCAGCAACCACCUCUCCCUGACCCUCAGAAAAUUGUGGCCACCUGGGAAGCCAUCAGCCUGGGGAGGCAGCCAGUGCCUGAGUACUUCAACUUUGCCCAUGAUGUGCUGGACAUGUGGAGUCAGCUGGAAAAGGCUGGGCACCGGCCCCGGAUCCCCGCAUUCUGGUGGGUCAAUGGCAAGGGAACAGAGGUCAAGUGGAACUUUGAGGAGCUGGGGGAGCAGUCCAGGAAGGUGGCUAAUGUGCUCCAGGACAUGUGUGGCCUUCAGCCUGGGGACAGGAUGAUGCUGGUGCUCCCGCGGCUCCCAGAGUGGUGGCUGGUCAGCGUGGCAUGCAUACGGACAGGGGCUGUCGUGAUUCCAGGUGUCUCUCAGCUGACGGAGAAGGACCUCAAAUAUCGGCUGCAGGCGUCCAGGGCCAAGUCCAUUAUCACCAGUGACUCCCUGGCUCCGCGGGUGGAUGCCAUUAGCGCCGACUGUCCCUCCCUCCAGUCCAAGCUACUGGUGUCAGAUGGCAGUCGGCCAGGCUGGAUGAGCUUCAGGGAACUCCUCCGGUAA